AUGCGCUCUUCGCUCAUCCUCCUCUGCCUUCUCGGCUCCGCUCUUUCCGCGCCACAGUCAUUCACUCACGUCGUUCACGAACGUAGAACCGCGGAGCCAAUGGACUGGGUCUCGUCUCGCCGGUUGGAGCGCGACUUCAUGGUGCCGAUGCGGAUCGGGCUCACGCAGAACAAUUUGCACAGCCUAGGAGACAUGCUCAUGGCUGUCUCUCAGCCCGACUCGCCCGACUACGGCAAUCACUGGACGGCGACUGACCUCGUGAAGACGUUCGCUCCUAGUACCGAGACUAUCGAUGAGGUUAGUAAGUGGUUGGUGGAAUCCGGCAUCGCUCGCGACCGUCUUCACUUGUCCCUCGACCAAGGAUGGAUUCAGGUCAACGCGACCGCAGUGGAGGUUGAGGAGUUGUUGAAGACCGAGUAUUACGUGUUUACCCACCCUUCCGGACAAGAGCAAAUCAGUUGCUCCGAUUACUCUGUUCCGGAUCACGUCCAGUCCCACAUCGACCUUAUCAUACCUACCGUACACUUUUCUAGCCGCCCAACUACAAUGGCCCAUCGCAAGCGGUAUGGUGGAGUCGGCUCCCCUGACGUGAAAAACGGCCCUUUCAGAUCAGACCAAGCCAUCACCCUUGAAAAGUCGGAUUUACAAAAUUGUGACAAAUACAUCACCCUCGACUGUCUGCGUGUUCUCUACGGCAUCAAAUACAAACCCCGUGCGACAAGAAGGAACUCUUUUGGCAUAGUGGAGUUCACUCCUCAGUCCUACAUUCCGAGUGACCUGGAUUUGUUUUUCAAAAACUUUGUGCCCAACCUGGUUGGAUCUAGGCCUAAACUGGAAUCGAUAGACGGUGGAAUGCUGCAGUUCAACAUGACCGGCUUCGAUUACAAUGGUGAAAGUAAUCUUGACCUCGAAUACGCAAUGGGACUGGUAAAUCCGCAAAAAGUCACGCUGCUGCAGACGGGCGAUGAGAUCGUAGGUGCAUCGUUCAAUACCUGGCUUGAUGCCGUCGAUGGAACAUAUUGCACUCACAAAGGAGGAGAUGAUCCCAACUUCGAUCCCGUAUACCCGCAUGGUCCCCCUGGAUACACGGGUCCCAAGGCAUGCGGGAUCAUCAAACCGCCUCACGUCAUCUCUAUCUCUUACGGCUAUAACGAAGUAGAUCUCACCCGCAAAUACGCUCAGAGGCAGUGCAACGAAUACGGCAAGGUAUUUUCCAAGCCCAUAAUAACGGGGAUGUUCUCGUUGACAACAUCAAUGCUUCAGUUGGGAUUAAUGGGAUCGUCGGUCUUCUACAGCAGCGGUGACAACGGUGUCGCAGGAAACGGCAACCAAUGUGUUAACCCCUCAACAGGUCAACUGGAUCCCAAAGGCACCGUAUUCACACCAUCGUUUCCCGGAGGAUGCCCUUGGGUUACAUCUGUCGGAGCGACCCAAAUCAAUCCCGGAUCCUCUGUUUAUGCCCCCGAAAGCGCAUGCGAGCAGGUUAUCUUCUCCGGCGGCGGGUUCUCCAACUACUUUUCGAUACCAGAUUAUCAAUGCGAACAGGUCGAUCACUACUUGAAGAAACACACUUCUCAAUAUACAAGCGCGCAAUUCAACAAUUCCGGUAGCGCUCGCGCUUUCCCAGAUGUCGCAGCUAAUGGUGCCAAUUAUGUUGUUGCGAUCAACGGUGAAUUCUACCUCGUCUAUGGAACAUCAGCGUCGUCUCCCGUUUUCGCUUCGAUGAUCUCAAUGAUCAACGACGCCCGCAUCCACAUGGGCAGAAAGCCUGUAGGAUUCAUCAACCCAAUGAUUUACAGUCACAAGUUCAAGUCCGCGUUUAACGAUAUCACCACAGGAAAUAACCCUGGAUGUGGUACUCAAGGUUUCAGUGCAACAAAAGGAUGGGAUCCAGUGACCGGCCUUGGAACCCCAAGAUUCCAACAGCUUCUCGAGAUGUUCAAACGCCUUCCGUAG